AUGGCGCUGAGGCACUUCCCGGAGCUGUGGUACGAGUACUCUCGGUGGCACGGCGACAGCGGCGACGGCCCGGACGCGGCUGUGGCGGUCCUGACGCGCGCGGCGGAGGCGCUGCCCGACUGCCUGAUGCUGCACUUUGCGCUGGCGGACGCCCACGAGGCGAUGGGCAAGGGGGAGGAGGCGAAGCAGGUCUAUGAGGCCCUCGUCUCUCAGCUCGAGGCGCAGCCGCCACCGGCAGCCCCCGCGGGCGCCGCCGGCGACCCCCAGCAGCAGCAGCAGCAGCAGCAGCAGCAGCAGCAGCAGCAGCAGCAGCCCAAGCCGGCCGCGCCGGGCGAGCCCGCGGCUCCGCGUGGCGGGCCGGUGGCGGAGCUGCCGCCGGACCAGCGGGCGCUGGCGUGGAUCCAGUACAUGCGCCACCUGCGGCGCAGCGACGUGGCGGGGUCGCGGCGGCUCUUCAUCCGGGCGCGCCGCGCGCCAGACUGCCCCUGGCAGGUCUACGCGGCGGCGGCAGGCAUGGAGUGGCGCUUGUCCCGGGAAAAGGAGGUGGCGCGCAAGAUAUUCGAAAAGGGCCUGGACAGCGGCUGCCUCACGGAGCCGCGGUACGUCCUGCAGUACGUUGGAUUCCUCUGCGACAUCGGCGACGCUAACAACGCGCGCGCCCUGUUCGAACGCGCGUUGACCGAGGAGUCAAACCGCCGCAGCCUGCCGCUCUGGGAGCGCUACCUGUCGUUCGAAUUCGAACUGUCGGACCUGCAGUCCGCGCUGCGACUCGAAAAACGCGCGAGGGAGGCGCUCGGACUGGACGGCGGCGCGGACGGCAAGGGCGGCGGCGGCGGCGGCGGCAGCGGCGGCGAGAAGGGCGCGGGCAGCGGAGCAGGCGCGCGGGGGCUGCAGCUGCAGUUGCUGCUCCUGCGGUACGAGUGCUUGGACGAGGUGCCCUGCGCGCCAG